AUGUACUGUGGAUUAAUGGAUUAUCUACACAAUAAAGCAAAAGAGGAAAAUGUUAAACCAGGAAAUUUAACUAUUUUACCUUCCACAUUUACUGGAGGACCACGUUCGUAUCAACAAUCAUUUAUGGAUGCCAUGCGAUUAGUUCAAGAAUUUUGGAAACCAGAUUUGUUUAUUACAAUGACAUGUAAUCCAAAAUGGCGUGAAAUUACAGAAAAUUUAUUAGAUAAUGAAAUUGCGUCUGAUCGACCAGAUAUUGUAGCUCGAGUUUUUCAACAAAAGGUGAAAGAGCUCAUGAGUGAAUUAAAAGAUAAAAGAAUUUUUGGACCACUGCUAGCCUAUGUGUACGUAAUAGAAUUCCAAAAGCGUGGAUUGCCACAUGUACAUUUAAUAAUCUUUUUAGAUAAAUCAUUUGCAAUUCGUGAUGCAGAAACUGUUGAUAAAAUAAUAUGUGCAGAAAUUCCUGACGAAGAAAAAUACCUAGAACUUUAUAAGAUUGUAAAACAAUUUCAAGUUCAUGGACCUUGUGGAAAGCAAAAUAUGAAUUCGCCUUGUAUGGAUCCUUAA